UCGCCCGUCCGCUUCAAUUCAGUCCAGUAAUCAAUAAACUCCACCUCGGGCUUUUCUUUCAACCUCAAAUUAAAACAAGGAAGUGUCAGCAACUCGCACCUUUUCCGUAAUUCAUGGAAAAACGCCCAAACCCUGCGAGGAGACGGAAACCGGAGGGGACAGGGACGAGUCUCCAGGUUCUCACCGAGCCUCUUCAGCGGGGGUGAGUGAGAAGCUGCGCCGGGGGGAGCGUCUCUUCACCCGGGGAGAGGUUUCUCUGCAGGUACAAUGGGGAACAGGAGGACACAUUUAAAACGCAGUUUGAUCUGCAUCCUGGGGACGGCGGCCAUCUUCCUCAUCUAUCUCAGCUUUCGUGGCUCAUGGAGUAACUGGCGUCCUGGAUCUUUGUCAGCGUAUCACGUGGCCUAUCCACGGAACUACCAAUUCAUCAUGGACGACACGCCGACGUGUAGGACCAGGUCUCCUUUCCUGGUCAUGAUGGUCCCGGUCGCUCCCAGUGAUGUGGCGGCUCGGGACGCCAUCCGAAACACAUGGGGAAGUGAGACGGUGGUUCAGGGUGAGGUGGUGGGGACGCUCUUCUUAGUGGGCCGGCCUGGAGGAGCUGAUGCUGGGCUGCAGCAAGAGAAACUCAUCCAGGAGAAUGAUCGGCACCACGACCUGAUCCAGAGCGACUUCCAGGACAGCUACCGCAAUCUGACCAUCAAGACCAUGGUCAUGCUGGAGUGGCUGGCGGCUCACUGCACCAACGCCUCUUACGUCCUGAAGAUUGACUCGGACAUGUUGGUCCACGUCCCCAACUUGGUCAAACUGUUGCUGGAUCCCGGCACGGCCAGACAAAACUACAUAACAGGUUUGGUGUGGUGGCACAGCCCAGUUUUGAGAAACCCAUUAAAUAAGUUCUACCUCCCAACAGACAUUAUCGCUGAGCCGGAGUACCCCCCCUAUCCUCUGGGCAUGGGCUACGUCAUGUCCCUGGACCUUCCCGGCAAGAUUCUGCAAGUGUCCACUCAGAUUAAACCGAUCUUCAUUGAAGACGCCUACCUGGGGAUGUGUCUGAAGCUCCUGGGCAUUUCCCCCACCGACCCCCCGGAAAGCACCAUGUUCAUCGUGGACCCCGUGCAUCCUCUGAGCACCUGCAGCCUCUCAAAGGUCAUCGCCGUGACCACGACCAGCAUCCCACAGAUGAAAGGUUACUGGGAGACGAGCAGAGGACCAGACGCUAAAUGCUGAACUUCAGAUCUUGGUAGUUUCCUGUGGUCGGUGGUGGGGCGACUCUAUUUACGUUAUCACCUCACUCCUGUGAUAGAAUUUAAUUUGAAGGAUAAAGUCUUUCUCAGUCUUGUGUAUCCGACCUGCACAGCAGCUCCCACCUCUACAUCCUCGGGCAGACGUCUGCUGCCUGUCUCAGGAAACAGGUUUUCAGAGACGUCUCUGUUUUACUUUUAUUUAAAUUUUCUUAGAGUUGUCGUUUUGAAGUUUUUCAACAGCUCUCUUUAAAUUGACUGAAUUUGAGACGUCUUUUAGUUGCUGCCUCCUUUUUAUUCUUUUAAAUAAAAAUGAUUAUUGUGUUUGCAGAUAACUUGGAGGCAAAUUCCCCAUUUGUUACACAGAAAAAUGUGUCAAACCACAAAAAAAAGAACAUCAUAUGGAUUUAGAUAUUGAAUAAAAUAUCUGAUUCUCCUCAUUAGAGGUUGUCAAAGUGAGAUUUUGUCAGAGUUGUAGUUCAAUAGGCCAAAAUUAUUGAAAUAAAACACAAAUAAAUGAAUACUACUUACCUAGAAAGUAAAUUCCACUUCACUGGUAUCAGGCUCUUGUAGUGACUUCUGUAGCGUGUCUGUCCGAAUCAAUCCUCAGUAUUUAUCUUAUCUCAUUCAGAUAAUGUGAGGGAAUCUGUAAAUGGACUUUUACGAAUUAUAAAGGUGUGUGUGUGUGUGUGUGUGUGUGUGUGUGUGUGUGUGUGUGUGUGUGUGUGUGUGUGUGUGUGUGUGUGUGUGUGUGUGUGUGUGUGUGUGUGUGUGUGUGUGUGUGUGUGUGUGUGUGUGUGUGUGUGUGUGUGUGUGUGUGUGUGUGUGUGUGUGUGUGUG